AUGGCGACUUUCCAUCCCUUCCCCCGCUUGCCCCUCGAACUCCGCACCAAGAUCUGGGGAGUCGCGACGGAGGAUCGAGUUCUCAAAGUCAGAAAGACAUGGCAUCGCAACCAAGGUUAUUGGUCUCCCACUCCGGUACCAGCUGUAACCAGAGCAUGUCGAGAAUCCCGCGAACAUUGCAGCUACCGAAAGGCUUUUAUCAUUGACUCAUCCCCCCGCUACAUUUGGGCGAACUUUGAUUGCGACGUCGUCCAGAUGAGAAGCGGCCUACUAUCGGAAGAAAGUUUCCCAGAAAGAGAUGAGGUUAGCCAUCUGAGGAUUGAGUUGGUGAACGAACAGGGAUUGGAUGAGACGGAGUCUUUCUACGACAACCACAUUCACAAUAUCCACGAUUUCCCCAAGCUGAGAAGUUUCGAUCUUUUGGUGGGCAAUGGGCUGUCGCCGCAGUGGACGGAUUUCAUCAAAGAGACGUAUUGGGGAGCGUGUCCGAUGGAGAACGUUCGGAUUGUGGAUGGGAAGACGGGAGAGUGGAUUGAUGAGGAGACGAGUGGGGCGUACCAGGAUUACAUUGAUACUAAUGGAGGAGAGAACGAUGAUUAUACAAGGGUGGUGGAUGAUCCAGAAGAGGAGGAGGGGAGGGUGGAAGCGAUGAAAAUGCUCCAGAUACCGCUGCCGCGGAUUGAUUUGGACUAUUGA